AUGGAAGAACCGAUAAGUUGUUUAACGUCUCCUGAACAGAGGCUUCUUGAAGAACGAUUCUACAUAAACGGUGUCUUCGGUACAGUAAUCGCCAUCUUCGGAGUGAUAGCCAACGGCUUCCUCGCCUCCCUUUUCCUGACUCGAUCAAUUUAUAGGAAUUCUCCGUUCUUCUUUCUCGGUUUCGUCGCCCUCUUCGAUACACUUGUCGAUGCGACUUUUCUACUUUUACUCCCAUUGGAAGUCAGCUCCGUCUACUAUGAGGAAAGUGUCGCCUACCAAAUUUGGCUGAAAUAUGUUCGACACGUGUAUUUGUUUGCUCAGAUUGUGAAGAUCUCAUCGGUAUUCUCGUUGAUUAUGGCUAGUAUUGAGAGAUAUUGCAUGACAAAGCACUGGACAUUCGUCGGUUUCGAGAUGCGUACUCGAUGGCUUGUCCUGUUUUUUCUUGUCUGUGCAGCAGUUUUCAUCAAAUACAUGUCAGAAGAAGCUGUGGUUGUCACCAGAGAAAAUUGCUUCGGAUUCCGCAGAUGGGCGGUGAAAAUUCAGCGAGGAGAGCUCGGGCACAUGGGAUGGUUACAUUCGUUGGCGAUAUUUCUUCCCUUUUUCACAUUGAUUUUUUUGAAUGGAGGAAUCGUUCGAAUGCUACGGAAGCAGAACGUUCAGCAGUUGAGAUCUCUGAUUGCCGAGUUGACAUUAGGACAUGAUUUAUCGAAAAUUCGAAGAAAGAAUUUGAGAAGUGCGACGAGAACAUUGAUCGUCAUCAUAUCCGCGUAUUUGAUAUCAAAUCUUCUCAGUUUGAUAUUGAUUAUCACGGAAUAUUUUAAUCCAGAUUAUCUUCAUGUUCAUCAUCCCGAUCUUAACCGUCUGGCGACUGAUUCAGCAGCCCUCCUAACAGUAGUUGGUAACGCUAUCCGAUGUCCUGCACACAUUUUCAGCAAUUCCGAGAUUCGAACACAAUUUCGGAUAAUGUUGUGUGGGGAACGAGAGAAGAAGGAAGUGAAACAGCUAACAGAACGUCGACGAACACAAGAAAAACUCGAUAAUCCAUGGAUGGCGUUGAUGUGGGUGUCAGCGAAUAAUCAAUCUUCAGAUGACGAUCGAGCAGCGUUCAUGCCACGGGCAUUCAUGAAAAGGCAUUCUGCAAUAGCAAUAGUUUAA